GACUCUCACCGGAUCCGCCAAUGUCCCUCGAUAGACGUUGCCGAACUGCCCUCCACCGAUCAAUUCUUUCAAUGUAACAUGCUCCCUCUUUAUCCUUGCGUCAUUAUUAACUGAAAACUUACUGGUUGAUUCUUUACAACAGCAACAGUCACAAAAAUUUUCAUGCAAAUGCAUACCUCCGUAAGACGAAUUCUGUGGUCUGUGGGCGACGGCAACUCGCAAAUCGGCACUCUCACACCGUUCCAAGCCUUUCUUCUUGAAAACCGAGCUCCCCUGAUUGUACAUGAUUUGAUAACCGUCGAUAAGAUGUGCUAA